AUGGACAGCACUGGGGAGAGUGGAGGGGCGUUGUCGAAAUUGCUACCAAAAUCCAUCGCAGCCAAGCGCCGGCGCAGGAAGCAGGAAGCGCGAGAGGAAGACGCAGCAGCAGCUACGGCGCAACUGCUGCUGGGAGUUAAGGGAGAAGAUGUCACGGCCCCAGCAGACUCAAGUUCGCUCUCAGCACUCUCGGCGGCACCACCACUAAAAGACGACUAUUACGACGACGACGUCAGCCAGUCGUCCCAUAGACGCGACAGCGGCUCCUACGUCCACGACCCCGGGCAUGACAUGGACAGCCUCGCAAGAGACGGCUCGACAGGCAUUCCCGACCCAGACCGCGACUACAGACACAGCUACGAUCGCGACUACGAACCCAGUCCCAGCGGUGCCAGCACCAACUACGCCCGCGACGACGCCAGCAUGGUGUCCCUCGAGACACCCGAGGAGAAGUCCUUUGACUUCACCGACGCGCCACCCGUCCCACCUUUGCCGAUAGUACAAGCGCCACAACCAACUCCCGCAAACAAGACGAAUGCAUCCUCCCGUGUAACGACGACAUCUCACUCUCCUGAGCGACGCCGCUCCAGAGCCUCUACGAACAACUCUGUCAAGAUCGACACCAACGUCCCCUCGACCCCGCCCCAACCCGAGAAGGGCACUCCCGUCAUCGUCAACACGCCGCCGACCCCGACCGACCGCAGCGCUCCCUCCGCACACUCCUCACCGGGGCCCGGUCCGCAGCCCGCCGUUGAUGCAGCUGCGACCGCCUCAGGCAACACGAAUGGUGGCUCCGCCCAGGGUAACAUGAUUGCUCACCGUAGGGGCAGAUCAAACUCUGGAAGUGUUGGGCCUAGCAAGCUCUCCCACAUCACAAACGCUCCUUUGACACCCAUCCCCGACGUAAACUCGGCCAGCAAUCCAGGGACCCCCGCUCCAGGAGGCGGCUUUUUUUCCUCGGUAUUCUCAGCCGCGCAGAACGCUGCGACCCAACUUAGUAGCGCAGUACAGAACACAGGCAUCGGGCCAACGCCUCCUAAGAAUAAGACGACCCAGAGACCUCCCGACAUCAAGAUCGAAGACCAUCCCGAGGUCGAACCUCCCCUGCCGUCCCUCACAGGAUCAGCCAUGGAGAAGGAACCCGCCGUCAAGACCAUGGGGUCUGGCGAGCUGAGCCUCAGCCAACUAGGAAUAACAGAUACAGGAAGCGUCGCCGGUACGCCCGUCACGUCGAAGUUCCCCGACACAACCGAUUCGCGCUCUAGAUCCGAAUCAGCUCCCACCGAUGCGGCUUACGUAGCUGCGACCCGAGACCUUGGACCAGACGACGGCCGACAGCCCUCUACGAGACCCCAAUCCUUGCACGAUCCGGGAAGCGGCGGCGACCGUACGCCGCCAUCGAGCAGCAUCAAUGAAGACAGGAAUUCGGGAAUCCAACGGAGUGGAAGCAUUCGUAGCGCCAUUGGACGCCAUCGUAAACGGGGAAGUUCCGCCGUGUCUGGAGGUACGGCAACUACAAUUGGCGCUGCCAUUGCUGCGGCUAACGCGUCUCUCGCUCAUCCUCAAGCCAACGCAAGCGUCCCGAAACUCACCGGAUUCGCCGUCGCAAGCAAGAAGCGCAACCGCGAUUUCCACGCACUGUUCAAAAGCGUGCCCGAUGACGAUUACCUCAUAGAAGAUUACAGCUGUGCCUUGCAGCGCGAGAUUUUGGCGCACGGCCGUCUAUACGUAUCCGAAGGUCACCUGUGCUUCAGCAGCAACAUCCUCGGUUGGUCGACCACUCUCGUCAUGAGCUUUGACGAGAUCGUAAGCGUCGAGAAGCGGAGCACGGCCCUAGUUUUCAAGAACGGACUCAUGAUAUCGACCUUGCAUGCGAAACACAUCUUUGCUAGUUUCACAAGUAGAGACUCCACCUAUGACCUAAUUGUCAACAUCUGGAAACUUGGUCACCCGACCCUGAAGAGCUCUUUGAACGGAGUGCAGCUGGAGGGUACUGGCGGUGAUAAAACGGAGAAGGUUGACGCGGAUGUAGUGGCCCCGGAAGUAGAAGACGCGAGUCUGUCCGACGCAAGCGAGGAAGACAGCGAGUCAGGCGACGACGACGACGUCUACGAUGAAGACGACGACAACGAAGACCUCCAGGAAGUAACACAGCCAACAGACAUGAAUCCCGAACCCGAGACAGAGAAGACCGUCUCACGGAAGGUAUCAGGUGCAGGCGGUGCUAAUGGCGCGCUUUCCGAUGUCGUUAAGGACGCUGUGGGUGUACCCAGCACCAACGAUGACUUCCCUGGCCCAGCCACUCAUGCGCCGACGGACUGCGGAGACUCAGGCACGCAUUAUGAGAAGGUUGUUGGUGAUGAUGUCAUUCCCGCGCCCAUCGGCAAGGUGUACAACCUGCUCUUCGGUCCAGCAUCGGUCACUUGGAUGUCCAAGUGGCUCACCGUUGAGGCCAAGUGCACUGAGUUGACGAUGGAGGACAAGAAGGGUUUGACGCUGGAGAACAAGUCACGCUUCUUCAGUUACAUCAAGCCUUUGAACGGAGCUAUUGGUCCGAGGCAAACCAAGUGUCUUGUCACUGAGACCUUGGAGAGCCUGGAUUUUGAGAAGUCGAUCAACCUGAACGUUGUCACUCAAACACCCGACGUCCCCAGCGGCAACAUUUUCAGUGUCAAGACGAAGUAUUGCCUGUCUUGGGCUGAGAACAACUCCACCCGAGUCCAGACCAACUGCACCAUCGAAUGGACGGGCAAGAGUUGGUUGAAGGGCCCGAUUGAGAAGGGUGCGAACGAAGGUCAGACCGCUUACUGCAAAGAUCUCUUUGCCAGUCUAAAGUCGGCCGUUUCGUCGAAGGCUCGCGCUGGAGGUGCAGCAGGUGGUGCUGCCAAGGGCAAGAAGCGGGGUAAGAAGGGCAAGGCUACAGGCUCAUCGACAGAUGUCGAAGACGAGCAAGUCCGUCCGAAGAACGUUCCCAAGAAGGAUUGGGGACCGCUGGAGCCCGUCCGUGGCAUCCUGGAGCCGAUCCUCGAUAUCGUCAAGCCGCUUAUAACAGGCAACAUGAUGUACGGCCUCCUGGUUGGACUUUUGGUGGCUACUUGGUUCGGCUUUGGGCUGCCAGGCAGACAACCGUCGAGCGACAUGCGCAUGUACGGCUAUCCCGACCGCCUCGCCGCGUACGAUGAGAUGUGGAGGCGUGAGGAGAGUGAGCUGUGGGAGUGGCUUGAGGAGCGUGUCGGAUUGGAGAGGUUACAUGACCCCAACAUCUCGACACGCAAGAGAGCGAUGGAGCCCAUCACGGUAGAGGAGAGGGUAAGAGAAGAUCGCAUGGAUGAGAGGGAGAUUGAGGAAGCGAUCAAAGUCACGGAGGAGAAGUUGAAGGUGUUGAAGGGGGUUAUGGACAAGAAGAAGACCACAGUCGGCUGA